GUAUGUUGAGAAAUCACAAAGAAAAAGAAUCAUGAGUGGAAGUGGUGCUUGCUCUUAUAAUAACCCUUCAUAUACUACAACAACCAUGUUUUCUUUGAACCAAAACAAAAAUAAUCAAUCUCAACUUCAAGUCAAAAUCGAAAAUUCGAAAUCAUGUUACACUUCUAGUACUUGUACUAGUAGUAAUUUUCAGAUGCCAUUGCACUAUCCAAGGUACAAAAAAUCCGAUUACGAGACGAUGCCGAUGUGGAAACUCGAUUGCCUUCUCAGACAAUAUGGACUACCGUUGAUCGGAGAUGUCAAUCACAAGAGGAAGUUUGCUAUGGGAGCUUUCCUUUGGCCUAGCCAAAAUUGAAUGAACGAGUUAUGCAGGUUCAACUGAACUAAAAAUAGUGAAUUCUACUAGAAAUUGUAAUGUUGAACUAUGAUCAUUGUCAUGGCUUUAGUAUUGUUGAAAUAAUAUGACAAAUCAUGAUGUAUCCUAUAUAUAGGAACCUUAGUAGUGGUUUCAUUUAAAUUUUCUCCCUACAUUAUAUUAAGGUUGUAUAAUUUAAUUUACUAGCUAGCUACCAGUGUGGUAGUUUAUGUAUAUGAUGUAAUGCUUAUAUUGUGAACUCAAUCAGCUGUUUUAAUUUAA